AUGGGCGGCCCAGGCCACGGGGAGCCGGCCCGGACGCGCUCGGACUCAGUGAUCUUCGAAGACGUGGCUGUCUACUUCUCUGAGAACAAAUGGACCUUCCUGGGCCCCACCCAGAGGGCCCUGUACAGGGACGUGAUGCUGGAGAAUUAUGGGGCUGUGGCUGCCCUGGAGGCUGUGUUGAAGAGUGAUAAGAAAGAAGAUUUUAUUCUGAAGGAAAUUUUUGAGGAGCCACAGGACCACAUGGUGUCAUCAAGAGGACCCCAGUGGUAUGGCUCCCAGGGAUUCUGGUUCAGAAAAAUCUGUGAAGAGGAAAAAAGCAGGUUAGGAAGAUGGUGUGACUACCCCAAUGGGAGAAGUAUGGAAAAAAUUACAAAUGAUAUUAUAGAAGUGAUUGUCAAAGAUGAAAUGAUCUCAGUAGAAGAGAGUUCAGAAAAUUCUGAUGUUAACACCCACCUUGUUAUACAUCAGAAAAUUCUAAGUGAGCAGGUAUUCUAUAUCUGUGAAGAACGUGGCAAGUGUUUUGAUCAAAAUGAAGACUUGGAUCAACAUCAGAGAAUUCAUAAUGGAGAGAAGGUCUAUGGAUGUAAGGAAUGUGGGAAAACUUUCAGUUUUAGAUCACACUGCAUUGCACAUCAGAGAAUUCACACUGGGGUGAAACCCUGUGUAUGUCAGGAAUGUGCUAAAGCUUUCAUUUGGAAAUCAAAUCUGAUUCGGCACCAGAGAAUACACACAAGAGAGAAGCCCUUUGAAUGUAAGGGAUGUGGGAAGGGUUUUAGUCAGAACACAAGCCUUAUACAGCAUCAGCGAAUCCACACGGGAAAACCAUAUACAUGUAAGGAAUGUGGGAAAAGCUUUACUCGGAACCCAGCCCCUCUUCGACAUCAGCAAAUCCACACUGGGGAGAAGCCUUAUGAGGGUAAGGACUGUGGGAAAGGCUUCAUGUGGAACUCAGAUCUUACUCAGCAUCAGAGGGUUCAUACUGGGGAGAAGCCUCAUGAAUGUACUGACUGUGGGAAAAGCUUCAUUUGCAAGGCACACCUUAUCCGACAUCAGAGAAUCCAUACUGGGGAAAGACCCUAUAAAUGUAAUGACUGUGGGAAGGCCUUCAGUCAGAAUUCUGUUUUGAUUAAGCACUAGAGGUGCCAUGUUAGAGAAAAACCCUAUAACUGUCAGACCUCCCACCUUCUUGAACAUUAGAGAAUACAUAGUGGUAAUACUUGUUUAUAAUAUUCAUGAUACAGGAACCCCAGAGGACAAAAUGAGAUGACUGGCCACAUUUGCUAUAACCCUAAUAUACAGUAUUAUCUUUCUCCUCCUAAAUGGAUACCCUGUACUCUAAUGAGACUGGUCCCCCAUUCAACCAUGUUCAUAUUAGGCAGCAUUUAGUUGAGCAUCUACCCUGUGCUAACCACUUUACAUACAUUCUCUAAUUUUUCUUAAUCUGAUUAAGGUAGAUACUCUUAUCCCCAGUUCACAAAUGAGAAAUCUGAGGUUGAAAGGUUAUAAAACUCAUUCCAGGUUGCUCAGCUAGUAAGUUAUAGAGUUGAGAUUGGAAUCAGGCCUAUCUUACUCCAGAGUCUACUGUUUAUUUGUGCACAUUUCUGCUUCUACUCAUUUUUAUUUGCCCAGGUGUCCCUGGGUUAAAGUUUCCCUUCCUCAUCUAAGAACCAGCUCCUUCAACAGAAUAGACCUCUCUUCUCCUUCUACUUAUAAUCAGUACCGCCCAGUUUGGUAUUUAAUUGUGUGCUGUCUUACAUUUUUCUAAUGGUCUCAUGUCUGUUAGUCCAGCUAAGUGGCUCUUUGAGGAUCAACACUGUAUUUCUUUUAGUUUUCAAAUUCUGAAAUUUAUUUCUGACUAGAUAUAACAUGUUCAUGAUAAAAAAACAAACCUGAAAUAGUUCAAAAAGAUGUUCAGUGAAAUGGAAAUGUCCUUGUCACUCCUAUCUCACAGUCCUCUUCCUCAGAGACAGUUGUUAUUGGUUAUGUGUCUUUCUGGAUAUAUUCUUUAUAUACUACACACACACACAAGUACUAAUAUUGUUUUCCUAAGUCUACCUCACUUAGAACCAUAUUUGAAGUAAAUGACAUUGCAGUUACAUUGCCAGCUCCAGGACCUUCUCUUCCUCAGAAGCUGUGGUCCUCCCCAACCGGGAAUCGAACCCACAGUCUGAGUAUGUGCCCUGACCCAAAAUCAAACCUAUGACCAUUGGGUGUACUGGAGGAUGCUCCAACCAACUUGAGCCACACUGGCUGGGGCUAGAAACAAUUUUUUAUAUUAAAAGGGGUGGGCGUCUGGAGCUUCCUGGUGCUAGCCUAUGGAGCCUGAGGAUGAAGCCAAUACCAAACAGUCCCUAGUGAUAUCAUUUGAGUCACUAGCCCAAGCCUUACCUGAAGAGAUCUACCUCUGGACUUUUUAGCUAUGUGAGCCAAUAAACACCUUUGGGAUUUCUGUCAUUUGCAACUUA